UGUCUGAGUGUUGCGGGAGCCAUGUUGAUGCCUAGUUUUGUGUCAGCCGCUGCUCUCCGGAUGGUUAAAGGACUGCGUGUCGAAGACAGGGAGCCUUAGCGGUGUUUCCAGCACCGCGAUGAGAAGAGGAAAAAACGCCGUGACGGUACAGCAGAGCCUCGCGUAGCUCACCGGACAUCAGUCGAUUCAGGAGCAAAGUGAUGCUAGUUAGCUUCGUAGCUAGGUAGCAACAGCUGUGCGGGCGCUGCGUGGGAUGCGGCGGCGUGUGGACUAAAACAAUAUCCUCUCUGCUUGUUGCGUUUCGUUGAGCUAACGUUAGCCAGACUGCUGAAAGACUCCAAACGAAGCUGCUGAAUUUACGCUAGCUUGCUUAAGAUGCAUUCGUGAAAGCUCGCUAGCUGUUAGCACGUUAGCAUGCUGACAACAAGCUCGCAUCUCUCAGUCACGACUAACGAUUUGCUCGCUGAGCGGACCCUAACUUGUCGCUACUUUCAGACAGUCUGCCAGCUGUGGAGCGACCCCGAGAGCCCCCCAAAAGUGACUCCGAGUGGAGAUAAUGGCGAUGCAUGAAGCCUCUGUGGAAAGCUACCGAUUCUCCUGGCCAGCUUGUGAAGGAGCAGCUAACGGGCUAGCAGCGUAACUUUCCUCCUCUCCGCGGUGUCACUCAGCAGCUGCAGAGAGAGCCCACUCUUCUUCUUCCUCCUCCUCCUCCCCCUCACUAGCAGACCUCUCGCGUACCUGGAAGCAAGCUGGCGGCCCCACGAGUAGAAGCAGAGGACAAGGAGCUGGGGCCGAUGGCCUGGGUGCUGAAGAUGGACGACGCCACCAUCGAGUCGGGGCUGGUGCACGACUUCGAUGCCAGCCUGUCCGGUAUUGGGCAGGAGCUGGGUGCUGGAGCCUACAGCAUGAGUGAUGUGCUGGCUUUGCCAAUCUUUAAGCAGGAGGACUCCAGCCUUCCUCCUGAAAACGAGACCAAAAAUCCCCCAUUCCAGUAUGUGCUGUGUGCCGCCACCUCGCCUGCUGUCAAGCUGCACGACGAGACGCUCACAUACCUAAACCAAGGCCAGUCUUACGAGGUGCGUUUGUUGGACAACAGGAAAACAGGGGAGUUACCAGAGCUCAACAACAAGAUGGUGAAGAGCAUAGUACGAGUGGUUUUCCAUGACCGCCGGCUGCAGUACACAGAGCACCAGCAGCUGGAGGGCUGGAAGUGGAAUCGUCCUGGCGACCGUCUCCUUGACAUCGAUAUCCCCAUGUCAGUGGGUAUAGUGGAGCCGAAGACUCACCCCUCCCAGCUUAACGCUGCAGAGUUCCUCUGGGACUUGAACAAAAGAGCUUCUGUUUUUGUGCAGGUGCACUGCAUCAGCACAGAGUUCACUCCCAGGAAACACGGCGGAGAGAAGGGCGUCCCCUUCAGGAUCCAGAUUGACACGUUUGCCCAGGGAGACAGUGGAGAGUACGCAGAGCACCUUCACUCAGCCUCCUGCCAAAUCAAAGUCUUCAAGCCAAAGGGGGCAGAUCGUAAACAGAAGACAGACAGGGAGAAGAUGGAGAAGCGCACACCUCAAGAGAAGGAAAAGUACCAGCCUUCUUAUGAUACCACUAUCCUGUCAGAGACGAGGCUUGAGCCCAUCAUAGAGGAUGCGGGUGACCACGAGCUGAAAAAGUCCAGCAAGCGGACACUUCCCGCUGACUGUGGCGACUCCUUGGCCAAGAGAGGCAGUUGCUCACCCUGGCCAGACACCGCCUACGUCAGCACCAACCAGGCAGCUACUCCCUCGUUCACCUCCACCCCACUGUCCACCUACACAACCUCAUCAGUACCGGACAGUGACUCUUCUUCUCCCAAUCACCAGGCAGACCCUGGCAGCCAUGGCAACACAGAGAUACGGGACAUCAACGACCUGAAGCAAAAGAUCACUGAUGCCAUUGCCACCAUUGAUGAGGCUAUGCUACAGCGAACAUGGCAAGAAAUCGAGUACCGUCUUGAUGUGCUUCGUGCAACUAAUGGUCCCCAUAUAGAGCAGUUGAGCCCCACUGCCUCCAUACAGGACGCCCAAAAGUGGCUUCUAAAAAACCGCUUCAACUCCUACACACGGCUCUUCUCUCACUUCUCAGGUUCUGAUUUGUUGAAGUUAACCCGGGACGACCUGGUCCAGAUUUGUGGGCCAGCAGAUGGGAUCAGACUUUUCAAUGCACUUAAAUCCAGAUCUGUGCGUCCAAGGUUGACAGUGUACGUCUGUCAGGAGUCGCCUCGGGAGAGCCCCCUGCUGGAGAGACACAGCAGCAAUGAAAAUGGAGAGCACAGCAUCUCCUCUAGUUUACAUGUGUAUCACGCUCUGUAUCUAGAGGAACUGACAGCAGCAGAACUGAUCCGCAAAAUGGCAUGCGUGUGCAACCUUCCACUGGGAAAUAUCAACCAGGUGUACAGACAGGGUCCUACAGGCAUACACAUCCUGCUUAGUGAUCAGAUGGUUUACAACUUGCCUGACGAGAGCUGUUUUUUGAUCAGCACUGUCGAAGAUGAACUGGGCGAGGGACUCCAUCUAAUCCUGAAGUAGUGAGGAGGACAGAUGGCGUCACUAAUACUCACCCUCUGUUUUGAAGCAGAAGCCUCCCUCUGCCCCUCCCUUCCUGCCUUCCU